AUGGCCUCGGUCUCAGAGCUCGCCUGUAUCUACUCAGCCCUUAUCCUGCACGACGAAGAGGUGACAGUGACAGAGGAUAAGAUCAGUGUCCUCAUUAAAGCAGCUGGUGUAAACAUUGAAUCUUCUUGGCCAGGCUUGUUUGCAAAGGCUCUGGCCAAGGUCGACAUCGGGAGCCUCAUCUGCAAGGUAGGGGCUGGUGGACCUGCCCCAGCAGGAGGCCCUGCCCCCUCCACAGCUGCUGCCCCAGCUGAGGAGAGAGAGGAAGCAAAGAAAGAAGUCGGAGGGGUCUGAUGAUGACACGGGCUUUGGUCUUUCUGACUAAACCUUUUGUAACACAUUCAAUAA